AUGUCGGUAUUUCUGACAGAUAAUCGACGUGGAAUGGAGGUUACCAAGAAUUCUCAUGGAAGUGAACAGGAAAUAAAGUUGACCUGCAAUUCUUGUGUCCGAGGUCGCAAAAGCUCUAGCAUCACCUGGACUCUAAAUGGGAAAAAAGUUAAUGAUGACAUUCAUGUAAAGAAACUAAAAAAUGUAUACUUCGUGAAAGACAAUCCCCAAUAUUAUGGUCUCUGGAAAUGCAGCAAUGCCAAUUGUCCUAUACAAUCUGACGGCUAUUGCUUGGAAAAGGAAUCCAGAGUUUCAGAGAGAUCAGAGACUGAGGAAAUGCCCUGGUCUACCCCAGCACCAUUGGAUACAGGCAAGAAGUUAAUGAUCCAAAUCAUUGUCGGUUGUGUGAUAGGAAUUAUCGCUCUCCUAGGGAUGGUGGUGACUAUAUUUGUUCUCUGGCAAAAGCUUCUAUCACGGAGAACCAGCCCUAGUAAAAGUGCAAAGGAGCCAAAAUCACAAGUGAUUCAGAAUUCAUUUGAUCUGGAAAAACCCCUAGAAAACCAAGGGAAGGAGAAAGACGUAGAGAUGAAUGAGGGAGCAGAAGGAAUCCAAUACUCAGUGCUACAACUCAAGGAGCCAGAGCAAUGCCAGAGUCAGAGAAAGGAGGGGACGCCUGCUAUCAUCUAUGCAGAAAUGCCCACAGGCAAUUGUUCGAAGAGCUGA